AUGGAAUCGUCGAGAGCGAUCAUCGUCGGCGCUGGUCCGGCGCCCAGUGGCGGCUGCUCCUGUAGCUUCGAUGCGGCUCCAGCGCUGGGGAUUCGCAGUAGAAUCUGGAGGCAUCGAGUGGUUUCAUCCAGGAUUCGCGUAGUAGCAAGCUCGGGCGUGAUCGCGGGGCCAUCGGACAGCGCCAAAGAGGAGGAGGGAGACAUGCCCGGGUUUAUCCAGAGAAUGGAGCAGACAUGGCUGAUUUCCAAGCAACCCAGGCCGGUGGCUUGUUCUCGGUGCCAAGCUUGCGGCAAGAGAGAGUGCCCGUGGUGCAAAGGGACGGGCUUCUUCAUCCUCGGCGACAAUGUCCUGUGCGAGAUCUCGUCCCACAACACUAGCUGCUACAUUUGCGCUGGAAAGGGGGUCGUGAAUUGCGAUCAAUGCAAAGGAACUGGCUAUCGCGCAAAAUGGCUGGGACAAGCUUAGCAUUAUCCUCGCGCGCUUGUAUGAAAAAGUUUUGUAAAAGAAUAUUCUUUGAACGAAUAUUCGUAUCUUCUUUUC